AUGAAUACGUCAAAAGAUAAACAUAAACAAAAACAAGAUAGCGGAGCUCAUCGAACAACCACUUCGUGUCGUCUCACUCUUACAUUUUUUUUUCACCUUCAUAGGAUGUCCAAUAAGUUCCAUUGCGAUGUCUGUUCCACAGAUUGUACCAAUAGAGUAAGGAUAUCGUGUGCGGUAUGCCCAGAAUACGAUUUAUGUGUCCCCUGUUUCGCUCAAGGUGCAUAUAAUGGGAACCAUAGACCAUUCCAUGACUAUAGAAUUAUAGAAACAAACUCAUACCCGAUAUUAUGUGAAGACUGGGGCGCAGAUGAAGAAUUGGCUCUGAUAAAGGGAGCUCAAACGUUCGGAUUGGGUAAUUGGCAAGAUAUUGCAGAUCAUCUCGGUAGUAGGGAUAAAGAAGAAGUAGCUGCACAUUAUGAGAAGUACUAUCUGAAUAGUCCAUAUUAUCCUAUUCCUGAUAUCACCCAGAAUAUUAAAGUACCACAGGAUGAAUUUUUAGAAAAUCGGAAGAAAAGAAUUGAAGCAUUUAGGGACAAGCCAUUGCCACCUCCCAUGAAACCUAUGGCCUCCGUUCCCAGUUGUCACGAAGUUCAAGGGUUUAUGCCUGGUAGACUGGAAUUUGAAACGGAGUUUGAAAAUGAAGCAGAAGGUCCCGUGAAGGAUAUGAUUUUUGAACCUGAUGAUCAACCUUUAGAUAUUGAAUUGAAAUUUGCCAUCUUAGAUAUAUAUAAUUCAAGGUUAACUACCAGAGCUGAAAAGAAGAGGUUGUUGUUUGAGAAUAAUCUAUUGGAAUACAGGAAAUUACAAAGUAUAGACAAGAGAAGAAGUAAAGAAGCGAAAGAGUUGUUCAAUAAACUGAAACCAUUUGCACAUAUAAUGACCGCCCAAGAUUUUGAUGAAUUUUCCAAAGAUAUGUUAGAAGAGUUACGAUGUCGAAGUAGAAUACAUCAACUUCAAACGUGGAGAAGUAAUGGUAUCACGACAUUAGAAGCUGGCCUUAAAUACGAACGUGAUAAGCAAACAAGAAUAACUACUUUGGAAAAGUUUGGUGCUUCAUCCAUCCAUGCUAGCCCAAUAUCGAAUAAUGUUAAUGGUGUUCGAUAUAGAUCUACUUCGGUCCAUCGGUCCAAUACUGAUUAUUCUCAAAAUUAUAGCGAAGGUACAGGUAGGAAGAAAAAUAUGACGAUAAGCGAUAUUCAACAUGGUGCAGACUAUGGUUUGUUAUCAGCAGAUGAACAACAAUUAUGUGUUCAAUUAAAGAUUCUUCCCAAACCUUAUUUAGCCAUUAAAGAACUAAUGUUUAAGGAAUUGAUACGAAGAGCUGGGAAUAUAGAUAGACAAGGUUGUAUUAAACUGUUGAACAUUGAUCCAAUUAAGGCGAACAAAAUCUAUGAUUUUUUCGUUUCUCAGCGGUGGAUCUAA